AUGGAAUAUAGAUUAGUUCUCAACAAUCGCAGUGAUGUUGAAAUAACGAACAAUGAUAUGAGCGGUAAAUUCCAUCAACAAUUGAAAUAUUAUAAGUAUCGUCGUGUUCCAUCAAAGAAUGGGAAAGCAAUUUUCUACCUCUUCUUUCGAAAAGAGGAAGAAACAUAUGCCGCUCUUCGAGCAGCACAAUCAAUAAAAGAAAUAUCACUUGUUAGAUACUAUCCAUCUGAUCAUAUUAAUUCAGAAUCUACAUUUAGACCAUUUCCACCACAACAGAUUAUAGAUAUCUGUCGUUAUGCAUUUAGAAAUCGUCUUGAUAAUUUUUAUCAUGUGAUGAAUGGAUCAAUAUCCAUUAUAUUACCCGUAUCAACAAUAAUCCUUCAAUUUCCUGUUGCUCAUCAACAAAAUAAUCAAUUCACUAUUCCAUGUGUUCAUUGUGGACAAUGCAAUUUAUUACAAACAAAUGAUGAGAAAGAAGAAAAGGAAGAUAUGAUUGAAAUUAAGGACGAUGUAAUUGAAAUCAAGGAUGAUAUGAUGCAUAUUAAAGAAGAAAAACUUAGUUUUGAUUUUGAAAUGGAUGAAUGCAUCUUGCAUAAAGAUCCAAAUCUUUAUACAAAUAUGUUUUCGCCCAUUUCAAUUGCAGAAUCAGAAGGUGUAGAAAAUAAACAAUCAUCUCUUCAAGAAGACCAGGACGAAAAUCUUGGUUUUAUUUUAAAAAAAUGCUGCAAUGAUAUUUCUGAAAUCGUGCAAUAUUUAAAAGAAGAUAUUAUUUUAAACAGUUAG